AUCAGCGGCCCUCUUCUCACCCCGUCCCUCGCUGCGGUUCCAUUUCAGACUUGCCUUCCUUCCUCGUGCAGAAGCCCAAAGCCGCCGGCCGUCCCGCAUCCUACCGCAAGACGAUCUCGCAUGUCGCAAAUGGUAACGAAACGACCCGGCCGUCGAUUCUUCAAGUACAGGGACUCUGAUCUUCUCGAGCCCGGUCUUAAUUGAUCGCCAUCACCGGAUCUCCUUCUCCUCGCCGUCGCUUCUCGUCUUCGCAGAAGAAAAAGGAACGAGAGAAGGCGGAGGCGAACAUCCCGUUCAGGCUUUCUCGCUUUCUUCCGGCCCAAAAAAAUAGAGACGCAUAUUUGAUUUCGCGAUGUAUAUCAACGACUACGUCUUCCAGCGGUGCGUGGUGGAGCUGGCGACGAUCAUGCAAAGAGUCCACUACACAAGGCUCUUCUGGCUCUUCUUCGGCCUCUUCUCCUACGACAACCACGAGGGGAAACCUCGAAUCUAGCACCUGCCGCUGCUGCUAUUUCUUACCUUAACUCUCACCGGAAAACGAUUAAGCUAACCUUCCCUCCCCCUCUUCCCUUUCUCUCUUUUUUCUAACCGUCUCUCUCUAUCUCUCGUUCUCCCCUCUCGCUUUCGCUCGCUGCCGGCGAUUCUUGAUUUUCUCCGGCGGGUGACGCGCUGUGGAAACACGAUGUUCAACCCCAGGCGGUUUUGUGACGGUGGUGCCGGAGGCGGCGGUGGCGGUGAUCUUAGCUACGCCGAGACGGACCCCACGGGUCGGUACGGGCGGUUCAACGAUGUUCUCGGCAAAGGCGCGACCAAGACUGUUUACAGGGCGUUCGACGAGGCCACGGGAAUGGAGGUGGCAUGGAAUCAAGUGAGACUGACGGACGCUCUCAGGUCGCCGGAAGAGCUUCAGCGGCUCUACUCCGAGGUGCACCUACUUAGCACCCUCCAACACGAAUCUCUCAUCAAGUUCUACGCGUCGUGGAUCGAUACCACCUCCCGCACCAUCAACUUCAUCACAGAGAUGUUUACAUCCGGUACUCUCAGGGGGUAUCGGCAGAAGUACCGGCGGGUGGACAUACGGGCGAUAAAGAACUGGUGCAGGCAGAUACUGAGGGGGCUGGUCUACCUGCACAGCCACGACCCUCCCGUCAUCCACAGGGACCUCAAGUGUGACAACAUCUUCGUGAACGGCCAUCUGGGCGAAGUCAAGAUCGGCGAUUUAGGCCUCGCUGCCAUCCUUCACCAAUCACAUGCCGCUCACAGUGUCAUAGGUACGCCGGAAUUCAUGGCGCCGGAACUCUACGAAGAAGAAUACAAUGAGUUGGUGGACAUUUACUCGUUCGGCAUGUGCGUGUUGGAGAUGCUCACUGCUGAUUACCCUUAUAGCGAGUGUCACAACCCUGCCCAGAUCUACAAGAAGGUCACCUCGGGGAAGAAACCAGAGGCGUUCUAUCGUAUAAAGGAUCCCGAGGCUCGAAGGUUCGUGGAGAGGUGCCUGGAAAGUGCGCCCAACAGGGUGCCAGCAGAAGAGCUGCUGCUGGAUCCUUUUCUCUUCCAUGAUGACGAGGAUGUUCCGGAGUAUUCGCCGGUCCGGCCUCCCAGUUCAGCCAAACCCUCAGUUGCGAGCCCACGCUCCGCACCCACCCCUGUGCCUGGCAAAUCCGCAAUUAGUCCCAUAUCGCCUACGGCCAAAGCUCACCGCCCGAACCGGGCAACCACCGAUAUGACCAUCACGGGAAAAUUGAAUCCUGAUGAUGACACCAUUUUUCUCAAGGUCCAGAUUGCUGAUAAAGACGGUGUCAUAAGAAAUGUGUCGUUUCCUUUUGACAUAGUCAAGGACACACCCAUGGAGGUGGCCGAGGAAAUGGUUAAAGAGCUCGAGAUCUCAGACCGGGAAGCUUCCGACAUAGCACAAGCUAUUGAGACUGAGAUCUCUGCAUUAGUGCCUGACUGGAAAGAUGAUCUGCCUGUCGGAGACCAUGACAGCUUCAACUUGGAAGACGAAGACUCAGCCAUUGAUCUUGAUUGUGAUUCACCUUCUUUAUCUGAUCUCCGAGCUGGCCAAAGAAUUUUUUUUGAUCAACUGCCAAGGGAUGUUUUUCUUAAGGGACAUCAACCAUCCGACAAAGAUGAUAAAGCUUUAAUGGAUUGGCUUCGAGAUGAAUCAUGCAAUGAUUAUGAUGAUGAUGAUUAUGAUGAUAAGAGCUCCCAAGGCUCCUCUUUCUCUGGCCAUUACUCUAGCUGGACCCAUGCCUCUAGUGACAAUGACAAUGCUGACAUGUGCACUGGGGCAGGAGAGUUUGGCGGAUUAAGGCAUGUCCAUCCACAGUGGAGCCAUGAGCAGCCCGGACAUGGCCGGACGAAUAAAUCAUCAAGGUUCUGUCCGGCAGGCAUGGAUAUGCAGCAGCGCAUUGAUAAACGCAACAGUGCCAUGCCUUCAGGUCCGAUGGUUAGUCCUGGCACCGACGUGUCAUCCUUCGGCAAUCGCCGGUUGUCGAAGAUGAACUCGUCGAUCGAUUUUCGGAGCCAGCUUUCUCACAGGUCGUUGGUGGAGGAAGUGAGGAAGCUAAGGCUGUUCAAGACUGUGGGAGCAGUUGAACACAUUGGCUUUCAGGAGCCAAGGCAUAACAAAUCAUCUGGCGGAUGGGGUUUUACUGGGAAGUGGCUCUCUGGGAGAGGCCAUUGACAGCAUAGGUUUGAUAAGAGGCAAGCGAGCAGAACGACCACCGGGUGGAUAGAUACUGAUUAAGACGGAGUUCCACCACCUCAUCUAGCUGCUCUGCCCUAAUCUAGCAUUUGGGAUGACUCCUGGUGGACUUGCAAUUUCAUAACUUUAAUCUUAGAUUGGUACAAUAUAUACCCUCUGUUAUACUGUGUUCGAAAUUUGAACCAUAAAAAGGACAGAAUCAAAUGUUCUGAACACUUUCAUAAAUAGCUUAAGAGAAACUACUUUCUGUUCCAUCAAAAUG